CCCGGCGGCGGGGACGCGGCCGCCCCCGGCCCCGCCCUCGCCCCGGCGCUCCGGCCCAAGAUGGCGGCGCUGAGCAGCGGCGGCAGCGCUGAGGGGGCCUCGCUCUUCAACGGGGACAUGGAGCCCGAGCCGCCCGCGCUCGGCGCCGGCUACGCGGGGGGCGGCGGCGGGGACCCGGCCAUCCCGGAGGAGGUGUGGAAUAUCAAACAGAUGAUUAAAUUGACUCAAGAACAUAUAGAGGCACUGCUAGACAAAUUUGGAGGAGAGCAUAACCCACCAUCGAUAUAUUUAGAGGCCUAUGAAGAGUACACCAGCAAGCUUGAUGCUCUGCAGCAGAGAGAACAGCAGUUACUGGAGUCCAUGGGGAAUGGAACUGAUUUCUCUGUCUCCAGUUCAGCUUCAACAGACACAGUUGCAUCAUCUUCCUCCUCUAGCCUCUCUGUAGCACCUUCAUCCCUUUCAGUUUAUCAAAACCCUGCUGAUAUGUCACGGAAUAACCCCAAGUCUCCACAGAAGCCUAUUGUUAGAGUCUUCCUGCCCAAUAAGCAAAGGACUGUGGUUCCAGCAAGAUGUGGAGUGACAGUCCGAGACAGCCUAAAGAAAGCACUGAUGAUGAGAGGUCUUAUUCCAGAAUGCUGUGCUGUUUACAGAAUACAAGAUGGAGAGAAGAAGCCAAUUGGCUGGGACACAGACAUUUCCUGGCUCACGGGAGAGGAGCUGCAUGUGGAAGUCUUGGAGAAUGUGCCACUCACGACACACAAUUUCGUACGAAAAACAUUCUUCACGUUAGCGUUCUGCGACUUUUGUCGAAAGCUGCUUUUCCAGGGGUUCCGGUGCCAGACGUGUGGCUACAAAUUUCACCAGCGCUGUAGUACAGAAGUGCCACUGAUGUGUGUUAAUUAUGACCAACUUGAUUUGCUGUUUGUCUCCAAGUUCUUUGAACAUCACCCCAUACCACCGGAGGAGGCCUCCUUAGGAGAGACCACCCCAGCAUCUGGAUCGUACCCCUCAGUGCCCCCCUCAGAUUCUGUUGGACCACCAAUUCUCCCUAGUCCUUCUCCUUCAAAAUCCAUUCCAAUCCCACAGCCCCUCCGACCAGCAGAUGAAGACCAUCGGAAUCAGUUUGGGCAACGCGACCGAUCCUCUUCAGCUCCCAAUGUCCACAUCAAUACAAUUGAGCCAGUCAAUAUUGAUGAAUUGAUUAGAGACCAGGGUUUACGAGGAGAGGGAGCCCCUUUGAACCAGCUGAUGCGCUGUCUUCGGAAAUACCAAUCCCGGACUCCCAGUCCCCUCCUUCAUUCUGUCCCCAGUGAAAUAGUGUUUGAUUUUGAGCCUGGCCCAGUGUUCAGAGGCUCAACCACAGGUUUGUCUGCAACACCUCCCGCCUCUUUGCCUGGGUCACUAACCAAUGUGAAAGCGUUACAGAAAUCACCAGGACCCCAGCGGGAAAGGAAAUCAUCCUCAUCCUCAGAAGACAGAAAUAGAAUGAAAACUCUUGGUCGACGGGAUUCAAGUGACGAUUGGGAGAUACCAGAUGGACAGAUCACAGUUGGACAAAGAAUAGGGUCUGGAUCAUUUGGAACAGUCUACAAAGGAAAGUGGCAUGGUGAUGUGGCAGUGAAGAUGUUGAAUGUUACGGCACCCACACCUCAGCAGUUACAGGCUUUCAAAAAUGAAGUAGGAGUGCUCAGGAAAACACGACAUGUGAAUAUCCUGCUUUUCAUGGGUUAUUCAACAAAACCCCAGUUGGCUAUUGUUACACAAUGGUGUGAAGGGUCCAGCUUGUAUCACCAUCUACACAUCAUUGAGACCAAAUUUGAAAUGAUCAAGCUAAUUGAUAUUGCACGACAGACUGCACAAGGCAUGGAUUAUUUGCAUGCCAAGUCAAUCAUCCACAGAGACCUCAAGAGUAAUAAUAUAUUUCUUCAUGAAGACCUCACAGUAAAAAUAGGUGAUUUUGGUCUAGCUACAGUGAAAUCACGAUGGAGCGGAUCCCAACAGUUUGAACAGUUGUCUGGAUCUAUUCUAUGGAUGGCACCAGAAGUUAUUAGGAUGCAAGAUAAAAACCCAUAUAGCUUUCAGUCGGAUGUGUAUGCAUUUGGGAUUGUUCUUUAUGAAUUGAUGACUGGACAGUUACCAUACUCAAACAUCAACAACAGGGACCAGAUAAUUUUUAUGGUGGGACGAGGAUAUCUAUCUCCAGACCUCAGCAAAGUACGGAGCAACUGUCCAAAAGCUAUGAAGAGACUAAUGGCAGAAUGCUUAAAAAAGAAGAGAGAUGAGAGACCCCUUUUUCCACAGAUUCUUGCCUCCAUUGAGCUUCUGGCCCGGUCAUUGCCAAAAAUUCACCGCAGUGCAUCUGAGCCCUCAUUAAACCGGGCUGGCUUCCAGACAGAGGAUUUUAGUCUCUAUGCUUGUGCUUCUCCAAAAACGCCCAUCCAAGCAGGGGGAUACGGAGAAUUUGCAGCGUUCAAGUAGCCACAGCACCAUGGCAGCACCCACUCUGUUAUUUAAGUCUUGUGUUCCUACAGUUUCUUAACAUCAAAACUCCAUUCUGCUCCGCCAAACCUAAAAUAAUUUAGAAAAGAUAUCCAUAAGCUUAAAAGUGGAGCAGAAUGGAACUGCCAGUCCAACACAAUGGGAAAAAGUACCUUUUUGGGAACCAGAGUCCUCUGCUGCCAGUGUUUCUCCUUCAACACAAACCACCACGUGCAUUCGGAGACCCGCAGUGGCUGCCUGUGCUGUUGGCAUCAUUCCCAGGAGAGAGGAGAGGGCGCUCGUGGUUUGACUGUGGUGCUCGGGCAUGAGGGGAUGGAACUGCUGCUGCAACUUAGGAGACUUGCUUUGGAUGGUCUGCCGGUCGGCUUUCUCCCUCUAACAGUGUAACCAUCAGAGGCUGAAAAUCUGAUGAGUGCUAAUUUAAAAGAACCAUUCUCCAUUCUGAUCCUUUUUUUUUCCUGGUGUACUUACUGAUUUAUGGACAAUGCAGUAUCCCCUUUUCUCUGUAUUACAGUGUCAAACACCUCAAUCUGUCUAUAUUAUUGGGUUUUAUUCUUUUAAAAUUAAAAGUGUGGGGCAUUGGGAACUGGAGAAGAUGUUAUUCUGAAGGCGAAGAGGUUCAGCUGAAGGAAAAGGGGAUGCUGCUGCACCUUUUUUCAGAUUUACUUUACCACUUCUUAAAAAGAACAAACAACGACCACCAUCCUUAACCUUUUUCCUUUUCCUGUAUUUUCUUGGUGUGUGCAUAUACAACAUCUUUUAGAAGGAUUAAGUAGAUCCUUCUUUUGUUGGUCCAGCAACAAACUGAAGUUUUAAAAAAAAAAUGUAGCGAUAUUGUCCUCUCUUUUAUUUUUUCUUUGUAUCAUAUGAUACAAUGUAUUUAUCAAAGAUGCUACUGCAGCAUCUGAAGUCUGUAGAGUUCCCGAUACAGACUGUGAAUGGUGUAUGUACCUACUUUAAAAGUUUUAUUUUAAAUGAGGGUGCAGGUUAAUGCCAGGUACCUUACCAAUAUGUAAUGUUUUCGUAAACGGGGAAAAAAGUUCUCAGGUUGAAUUGAAUACAAAUACAAAACCCCCUAGAAUUAGACAUUCCAAAAAUUAUGUUUUGGUACUUUCAAGAGCUUUUUUUAGAGGAUUUUUAUCCUGUUAACUAAACGUCCUCCGAUAAGUGUGUGUGUAAAUGUGGAGCAUCUUGUCCUAGUGGCAAGUUGUUAGAUCAAAACAAAACGGUACUUGCUGGAUCCACGCUGACUACUUCUCCUCUCAUUGUUUUCCUCCCUGUCAUCUUUUCCCUUCCGUUUGUCUUUCCCUUUUGUACACUUUGCAAACUAGGAUGAAGGUGGCGGUAUCUCCACUAGACUGCUUUGUUUUCCUGUCCUCCAAUCCUGGUUUUCAAAUGGUUGGUAGCUUUUUGACAAGUUACCCAGUCAGGGAAAAAACAACUCAUAAAGUUCUGCACAUCGUUUACCUCUAGUAGAAUAUCUUGUGAUGUGAGCUGUUUGCAGAGUUCUCUGGUAUGUGGUAUUACCUGUAAAUUAUUUGUACAGAGGCAAGGCAGACCAUGUUGGAAAGAAACUCAAGCUCAGACAGAAGUUUUCAGAAUUUGAUUUGUUUUGGCCCUGUACCACUGCAGGUGAGGCAGGAGAACCGACCCCCCCUCUGGCAGGAACGUUCCUGCUUAGACGUGGUGGGGGAUGUUAAACAAAAUCGUGACAAAUAAAUGAAGGAGUUAAAUGUGUGUGAAUGUGGUGUCCGUGCUAAAGAUGGAUGUACUGGGUGAGGACACUGUCCUUCCCUCCCUGGGGAGAGUUGGACUGUUUCUGUCUGCAGAAGGUUGCUCCCAGGUGAAGGGGGAAAUGCACAUCGGUAGUGGAAGGCGCUUUUAAUACCCUGGAAUUCUGCGGUGUUGCUGGUAGUCUGUUAUGUUUGUCAGUAAAUAUUUACUGGGGUUAUAGGGACCGGACUAAUCUGAAGUGGGAAUUAUAACUGAAAUACUGUGUAUUCAUAUUAAUUCCACAAACAUUAGCAAGACAGCAAUAGUGAAUGACUUAAUAGUCACUACAAGAAUGAAGUGAUUCAUGUUGGUACAUGAACAGAAAUGAUUUUGUGUACAGGACGCAUUUUAAAAA